UACGUUAUGUAAUUGCCUUCGUAGAGUCCAUAAACUUUGGAAGUUCUUUCCGAUUCGCUUUGACAAUUUUGAAAAGUCGAACCGACUUUCCUUUUAUCUUCACCCUCAAAUUUCACUAAAAUCACUAUUUUGCCAUCCUUUUCACCUCCUAUAUAAACCUCUCCUCCUUCCUUUCUUAGGUUUGCAGAAAUUUAUUCAGUGAACAAGUUCUGUAAAACAAUGGAGUUGUCAUCGUCCAAAAACAAAUUGCACCAUAAUUAUCAACGAUCCGUUUCACCAUCGGGUCGGUUCUGUUCUUCCACUAUAUCUUCCUCCACCUUCUCUACUCAAACCUCUGAUUGGUUAACCCGAUCCACCUCCCCAACCCGAGUUAACCUCCGUCGAUCAGUUUCCCCUUCCCCGUCCGUACGAUUUUUCAGUUCUCCUAGCCGUUCAAUUUCAGUUUUCCCUCGUAAGCCGCAGCAGAAUAGUCAUCCAUUACCUUCCGCUUCCAAUCAGAAGAAGCACUGCACGUGUUCGCCGACGACACAUCCAGGUUCAUUCCGUUGUAGCCUUCACAAAAAUACUACUAAUCGGAGUCGCGGUCAAUCGUAUCACUCGAGUCAUCAAUUGAAUAUGAGGAGAUCAGCGAUGACGAAUUCGCUUGUUCGAAUUGGAACUGUGGAAGGUGAAUUGGUGAAGAGAGCACUUGCUGCUUUGAUUCGACCGUCUUCUCAUCAACUCAGGCGUAGAUGUGAUUUUCAGCCUAAGCCUAGUAGGCUCUCCGUCAUGUCAAAGGCCGAAGAUUAGAUUUGUGAUGUACAGUUACUGUAGUUGGGUUGAUUUUCCCCUUCUUUUUUUUCUUGUUACUUCUCAGCCCUAAAAAAACAGAACCAUAAUUUUGUACUAUUUGAUUGAAUGUGAAUAGGAAACAAAUUUAGUAUAUAUACUUAUGUAUAUAAUAGAGUAUAAUAUACUAGUUUAAUUUUGGACCAGUAAAAUGAGUGUAGCAUAUAUUUUAUGUAUAUAUGUUACAGUUUUAUCAAUUUAAGUGUAA